AUGGAUUCAAUGGACGGUAGUACUCGUUCAUUGCCCAUUUUCCACCAUUCGACACUAUUUGAUAGCAUCCUAAAUCCCAGUUUUAUCAAAUCUGGGUUCAGGGUAAUUGGUACAAGUCUCACUGAACAAGCUCAAUUGAUCAACAGACUCCUCGAUAAACUAUGGAGAUACGUUCACCAAGUGGACAAUUACCAAUAUAUCUGCUGCCAACACUACUUAGCCCCUGAGUUUCGUGUUUCCGCCAAACUCAAGUUGGAAGAAAGCCUCCGCGGCGUCCAGUGCCGCCUCCAUCAUUGUAUUACAGACAACAUUGACAGGUUUGCCUUCCAGUUUAACCGUAUUCUCAGAGUGAACCUUUUCUUAUUUGGCGAACACCUCGUGCAGGAAACUCGGGCCUACAAAUAUGACUAUACUGCCGCUUUGAAUAAGCUACACCUUCCCCAAGACGACAUAGCCAAAUGCCACCACCGGGCACAAACUCAGUGUAAAACCAUAGCUUUAGAGCAGCUUUACGUACUUCAGGUUCGGGUGCUUGAUACAAUUGGGCGGGCUAUGAUCAGAGCCACGAAGUUACUGAUCUAUGGAGGUGGUGAUUACCGAGACACUAUCGACCUAGCCAUGGAGAGAAUGGGAAAAAGAAUCUCCACAUCAAUGGCCCAUGAGGUUGACGAUUUCAUCGCUCGCUAUCUGGUGAACCUUGAAAGGAUAUGUGCCGACUAA